UCGAAAGUUUGUACAAAGCAGGAGUUGCCCUUGCCCUUUAAAGCUCGCCGCCAUUAAGUCUUCCCCCGCCCAGCGCCCGUCCUGGCUCGUCCCUCCGCGUUGCCGGGGCAGCGGGGCUGCGGAGCGGGGCAGGUCCUCGUGACUGGACACCAUGCCUCUUCCAGAAACCAUGUUCUGUGCUCAGCAGAUCAAAAUCCCCCCGGAGCUUCCUGAUAUUCUGAAGCAAUUUACUAAAGCUGCUAUUAGGACUCAGCCUUUUGAUGUUUUGCAGUGGGCAGCUGCGUAUUUUUCAGCCUUAUCUAAAGGUGAACCCCUUCCUGUGAAAGAGAGACUCGAAAUGCCAUUAGCAACAGGGAAAAAAGAUGCUGGUUUGACCCCAGGACUCCUUAAGGUCUUGCACAAACAGCUUUCUUCCAAAGGCGCGGUGACUGUUGCAGAACUGAGGGAAAAAUGGAAGCAUUUGGGCUUGCCAGAGGAGCAGCUGGAAGCUAUCCUGCAACUGGACAGUUUUGGCGAGCAGGUGGAAUGGAUGAAGUUUCUGGCACUUGGGUGCAGCGUGCUUGGCGGGUCCUUACUGAGUUCAAUGAAACAGGCCUGUGAGAUCCUAACAAGAGACCCAGAAGGCAGAGCAGCUCGAAUUCCCUUCGAAACAUUCUCGUUCCUUUAUUUGUAUUUGGCCAGUAUUGAUGGAGAGAUAUCAGAGACAGAAACUAAUGCAUUCCUCCAUGAAAUUAAAGAACAAGCGGACAAACACUCUGGCAUGGUGCUGAUCAGACACUUUCUGCCAUACUCCUUCAUAUUUUACUGAUCAACCCUACCAACCCUACUCUUCAGCAUGAGUCCACAGGAUGGGAAGUCUUCCUAGUUAUUGCUGGAAGGAAACGCACCUGCUGUUUGCAUAUGGUACUCAGCAAUAUUCCAAGUGUCCUUGGUGCCUCGCCCCAGCUUCUGUGGAGAGCUACAUUCUCAUCACCUUUGCCAGAUUAUAUUGAUCCGAAUUUUCUUUGAGCACAAGCUUGGGAACACUAACUUUUGUGUUAUUGUCCAUUUAACACCAGCUGCAGUUGAAGAUGUUUUAUCCUGUUGGAGAACUCUGAAAUCUGCCCUCUGGUACAUGCUGUAAGUAGGCAAUGUCACCUAGAGGUAACAUUGUUAGGUAGGAGGGGGAGCUCUCUUCAUGCCUUCCCUGUUUGUAACUGAUCUGGACUCCAGUGAUUAGCUCUGUUCUAUAUCCACUAUUUACAGGCCAGGAAGGCCAGUAAGUACAACCUCUCGUAAAUUUUAUUCUUCAGCCUUGUAAGAAUAACUCAAAUACAUGAGAGAUCAAUAUAAUUUAUUAACAGAUGUAUAAAUGUUACAGAUUUACACGUUAUCUGAAAUAUACUGCUUCCAUCCUGACAAAUUGUAGCACUUUUUUGUCUCCAUGCAGCACAGGUGUGAUGCAACACCAAUAUUAUGUGCACACCUUUACUGUCUUGGAAAAAACAGCAGUAACAAUAGUUCUUGUGGAAGUUAUGUUUUGAGCAGCUGACAAACAAAAUCAUCAGGUUCUUGUUCCUACUUUCUUCUUUUAUGAUUGUAAUACUUGUCUUCAUCCCUGCAACAAAAACAUAAAUAUUGUGUGGGCUGUUAGGCUGAGUGAGACUCUGAAGAGAAAAAACAACUUGAAAAAUGGAAAGCUCUCAUUAAAUGCAGUCAUGUCCUCCUCUAAGGAAAGAAAGUAAACUGCUUUUAGACAGUUUAUUUUCCAUGCUGCUUUAAUCAAGCCUUGUCAUGCAGUGCCAGAGUGGCAAUUAGUUUAGGAUGAAUGGCAUCACGGUGUAAUGAAGCCAGCUUUGAGACAAGCCAUCAUUGCUAUCCACGCAGUUAUGUAACGCAUUUACCCAAACACAAGGGGCAAGGCAGCAUUUCUUCUGCACAACAGUCCUCAUGUCUGCUCAAACACAGGUCCCACACAUCUGUGGUCCUGAAGAUGUAGAUAUCAACUUUGUUGAUGGUAUUACAAGCUGUGGCCUAGAUUUGUUUUCUUUUGCUAAAUUGUAUGUCCAGAAGUACUGAAGAGCAACAGCAUUGUUUUGAAGCAUCCAAUGUGGAAAGGUUAAUAAUACUAUUUAUUAAGGUCUAGAGCAAACUAGAGCAGAUAUCAGCAUUAGCCAGGACAGGCACUUAGUUGUGGAUGAAAAACAUACUGUCUCUUUAACCAUAUUGACCAAGGAGUAAAAUCAACAGCCUGUUACAGUACUGUUGCAGAACACGCCACCUUUCAGAUGUGCCAGUAAAUUCUGAAGUCUGGAUCACAGUUUGUGAUCUCACAGUUAUGUUUUGUUUAGUAUUAGUAGCCUCAUACCAUUGGCUUGUCACACUGCACAUGAGGUUAGCCUAGCUUUUUAAUUGGAUGAGACAUUCUCAACCUCUGCACUAAAUUCUCAUAGAAAAUGGCUACAGCUGCCUGAUUGGGAAGCAGGAGUCAGCUGCCACUGUUUCUGCUCACCUCUCUCUUUUUCUCCGAGAGUCUCUGUCUUUGCCUCUCUCACGACUCCUCCUUCGUUUGCUUGGACUCCUGCUGGUGUCUCUCCUGUGUCUCGUGCACUCCGUAUCCUUACUGCUCCCCCCAGACUGCCGCGAGUCCACGGAAGCUGACCGCCUGUCUUCCCUUCUGAAAAUAAACUUAAGUGAUUUUAAUCAAUAAAAACAGUUUCACAGUCA